AUGCCAUUCAGUGGGCCUGCACCGAAGAGAAUCAACGACAAGCUAGCAAUAAUUGGCUUUGUUGCUGCAAUAGUAGUGGAGUUAUCCAAUGGCCAAGAUGUGUUUGUCCAGAUAUCCAAUGGUGGGAUCCCUUGGUUCUUAGGAACUAGCAUUGUACUCACUCUUGCAUCUCUAAUUCCGCUGUUUAAAGGAAUAAGCAUGGAGUCCAAGUCAGAUGGGUUAAUCACCUCAAAUGCUGAGAUGUGGAAUGGGAGGUUUGCCAUGUUGGGUUUGGUUACACUAGCCUUUACAGAGUAUGUCAAGGGUGGAACCCUUAUUUAG